UUUCUUUUAUUUCCCCCCUCCCCACUCAAAAGUAACACGUCGCCAUGAGUUCAUCUGAAGCCAAAGAAACUAUCCAAGAAUUCAUUGAAGCUCCCAAAAACUUUAUGAAAGAAGGUGUACAAUUUAUCAACCGGUGCAAGAAACCUGAUCAAAAAGAAUUCCUUAAUAUCACUCGUGCUGUGGCUAUGGGUUUUGCUGCUCUAGGUGCUCUUGGUUACUUUGUUAAGUUGAUUCACAUUCCCAUCAAUAAUAUUUUGGUCGGUUCUGCUUAAAAGUCAUUAUUACAACAACUUACUUUUUUCAUUACCUCAUACGCAUCCGCAUAUAUAUAUAUAUAUAAAACACACACUCAACACACAUAUACUUACAACCUACAAAAAAAAAAAAAACUGAUUCACGCUCUCUUAAACACGUAUAUAGUAUAGUUUUUCUUUCUCUCUUGUUUUCUUCUCUCCCUCCCUCUAAAAAUUUACAGCAUACCUUUUAGUUCUCGGAUCGUCGGUGCAUAUUUUUCCAAACAGUCACUUACUUUGUAAUAAAAAAUUGAAAAACCGUUAUUCUUACUCU